AUGAGAUAUCUGAUCCUAGCCUCAGACUUUCACGUCCUCAGCUUCCGCGUCCUCAGGUUCCUCGUCCUCGGCCUUCACGUCCCUAGCCUCCGCAUCCUCAGCCUUCGCGUUCUCAGCCUAAGCGUCCUGGGCCACCUCAACAUCAGCCUCCGCAUCCUGAGCCUACCUUCCAAAGCCGCGACCUGCAACGAUGUAUAUCAGGCGAAGAUUGCACUUUGA